AUGUUUUCGAAGAGAAAUGAUGGCCUGUCGAGGGUCUGCGUGUCGUACAUGUGCAAGCACAUCCCGCACGCCGCGUCUCACAACCAGCUCUUCUCGUGGCUGCAAUACAGCACCGCCUGCUGCCACACCAAAGUGUACGACACCUGCCAAAACUACAUCAAGUGGAACUUUGAGUCGGUGGCCAAUACCCCCGACUACAGCAAUUUCGAUGUCGACCUGUUCAUCAACAUUCUGCAACAGAACGACAUCGUCGUCCACAAUGAGAUGGUACUCUAUAACUGCGUGGUGCGCUGGCUAGAACUGCAGAAGAUAAAAAUCCUACAGACGUGUCCCUCGAGUUCUGCAGUCGAGGAGGAAUACCGACUUCUAGUGGAGAAGAUAAUGCGUUAUAUCCGGUUCCCGAUGAUGACGCCCAGGGAACUGGCAGAUCUUCUGCUCUCGCCCGUAAUAAGGCAGCACAAGGAGUUCUUCGUGGACCGCAUGGCGAUCGGCAUGAAGUACCACUCCGGCUACACGGACCAAAUCCAGGUCCACGGCGGCUGCGAGGAGGGACGGUUGCUGUUCACUCCCCGUUUGUACACGUCGGACAGCUGCAGCGCCAUCCUAACCAUUGAGAACUUCUGGAGCAUCCCCAACUACCACACGAGCACGUUCGUGUUCUCCUCGCACUUGUCGGCAGCCGAACACGAGUCUCACAAGGUGAACGAGUGGCUGGUGGACCUUUACCCGAAGGGGGUGUGGUUCAAGAAGUGUUUUCUGAUCGUGUGGCAGGGUACCUUAGAGGUGCCACAGGAGAUACUGUCGACGGUACGGCUCUCCUUGACGUGCAGGGAGCUGUCGGAGAGGGAGAUGCGUGUGAAGGUGUCGGUGUUGAUUUACGGGCUGCAGGGCGGAGUGGAGCACGUGAUGGAGGUGAGGGAGAAGGUCCACCACUUCACGGCACAGGACAAGGUGAUGAAUAUCGACGACUUGAUUCCGUUCAAUGAGCUGAACACGCCGGCCACCCUGCAAGGAGAGAAGGACACGCCAUACCUGGUGGGACCCAAUAGGGACCAACUCAAACUGAAUCUAGUCAUAGCCCCGAUUAGGUAACGAUUUCCCGGUCGUCACAAUUUUUAUGUCUCAUUACUUCAGAGGGUGCAAUAUGUGUAAGAACAACGUUCAUGAAAUGAAUUAAAUGGAUAUUUGGUGAUACUUUUUGUCGUUUUUUAAUUAUUUCGUAAUAUAUUUUCGAAUAAAACAUCUUGACGUUU